GGGCGGCGGUGGCCGGGCGGCAGCGGGAUGGCAGCGCAGGGCUCCGCGGGGGAUACCGCGCUCCACCGCGCGGCCGAGCAGUGGCUGCUCUGGGAUAAGAAUCCAAAAACUUACGCAAUCGUGAAACAAUUGCUUGCGGAAGGAAAUGCCGGAGAACUGCAGAAAUACUUUGGCUCACGAAUGGAGUUUGGCACAGCAGGGCUCAGAGCUGCCAUGGGAGCAGGGAUUUCCCACAUGAAUGACUUGACUAUUAUCCAGACAACCCAGGGAUUUUGCAGAUACCUUGAGAAGAAUUUCAGUGACCUGAAAAAGAGAGGAGUUGUGAUUGGGUUUGAUGCUCGUGCUCAUCUUUCCAGUGGAGGUAGUAGCAAAAGGUUUGCAAGACUUGCUGCCAAUACCUUCAUCAGUCAGGGAGUUCCAGUUUAUCUAUUCUCUGAUAUAAUACCAACUCCCUUUGUGCCAUACACAGUAACUCAUCUGAAGCUUUGUGCUGGAAUUAUGGUUACUGCUUCCCAUAAUCCCAAACAAGACAAUGGUUAUAAGGUUUACUGGGAAAACGGUGCUCAGAUCAUUUCCCCUCAUGACAAAGGAAUUUCUCAGGCCAUUGAGGAAAACCAAGAGCCGUGGCCUCAGGCGUGGGAUGACAAACUGAUUGACAGCAGCCCACUACUUCAUGAUCCAUAUGCCAUGGUCAAUAAGGAGUAUUUCAAAGACAUACAAAAACAGUGCUUUUACAGGAAUAUAAACAAGGAAACAAACCUGAAAUUUGUUCAUACUUCUGUGCAUGGCGUGGGACAUAAAUUUGUGCAGCUGGCAUUCAAGGCAUUUGACCUUAGCCCUCCUUUUGCUGUUCCGGAGCAGAAAGAUCCUGAUCCAGACUUUCCCACAGUGAAGUAUCCAAAUCCUGAAGAAGGCAAAGGUGUUCUGACAUUGUCUUUUGCUUUGGCUGAAAAAGAUGGGGCAAGAAUCAUUUUAGCAAAUGAUCCUGAUGCUGAUCGACUGGCAGUUGCAGAGAAACAAGAGAGCGGUGAAUGGAAGGUAUUUUCUGGAAAUGAACUAGGAGCUCUUUUAGGCUGGUGGAUCUUCACUUGCUGGAAAAAUAACAGCAGGGAUACUCAUGCCAUUAAAGAUGUCUACAUGUUAUCCAGUACUGUUUCUUCCAAAAUCCUGAGAGCAAUUGCACUAAAGGAAGGUUUUCACUUUGAGGAAACACUGACAGGUUUCAAGUGGAUGGGGAACCGUGCCAAACAGCUCAUGGACCAGGGGAAGGCUGUUCUUUUUGCAUUUGAAGAGGCUAUAGGGUAUAUGUGCUGUCCUGCUGUUCUGGACAAAGAUGGUGUCAGUGCUGCUGUUAUAACUGCAGAGAUGGCCAGCUUUUUGGCAACCAGGAAUUUGUCUUUGUCUCAGCAGCUAAAAGCUGUCUAUGAUGAAUAUGGCUUCCAUAUUACCAAAGCUUCAUAUUUCAUCUGCCAUGAUCCUAAAGUUAUUCAACAACUUUUUGACAACCUCAGAAAUUUUGAUGGAAAAAACACAUACCCAAAAUCUUGUGGUAGAUUUAAAGUUUCUGGAAUAAGGGAUCUAACUACUGGGUAUGACAGCAGCCAGCCAGAUCAAAAGGCUAUACUUCCUACUAGUAAAAGCAGCCAAAUGAUAACAUUCACUUUUGCUAAUGGAGGAGUGGCCACAAUGAGAACCAGUGGGACGGAACCAAAGAUCAAAUACUAUUCUGAACUUUGUGCACCCCCUGGAAACAGUGAUGUUGAACAGCUGAAGAAGGAACUAGAUGAAUUGGUGAACGCUCUUGAAAAACACUUCUUUCAACCAGAAAAAAACAAACUUCAACGAAAGACUGAGUAAAAUAGCAAAAUUACUACCUUGUUUGGCUUUUGCAGCAUUAGAAGUGCAUUAUUUAAAAAGUUAAGGUUUUUUGGACCAAACAUCUGAGAACUCUUGACUAUAAAGACUUCUGCUUUUAAGAGUUUUUUUGGGUACUCUUGGCUCUAGUGUCUUAUUUUGGAAGGAAAGUACCUUUACCCUUAAUGGACCAAAAAAACCCAAUCAGUUGAACUGAAAGCUUUAUGAACUAAAAGUUGACUACAAAUGUAUUUCAAUCAAAACAUGUUUUAAUUAAAUAUAAGUAAUAUUCUGAUAUCUGAAA